AUGGUUACAAAUUCUCACUCUUUCUACGCCUGUCCACUUCGCUCUUCUUCACUUCUCAUAGUCAACCAACUCGACCAAACAAUCAUCACUGCCACCGAUGAAGUAUUCGAUAGCCUUGGCUACAGACCCUGCGAUCUCAUGGGACACUCGAUUCUAACGCUCGCUCUACAACAACAACAUCAACAACAGCACCAAUAUCACAAUAAUCAAAUGCCUUCUUCUUGCCGACGCUAUUACGCACGGCACGCUGCCAGAGGACAAGUUUCUCUAGAAAUAUGUGUUCAUCAUGAUCCAUUUGGAGCCACAGAUAGUCUGGAUUAUUGGCUCAUACGACUAAAUGCCUUUGCUCCACAGCCAGCAACAAUUCUUCGUUUAAGCCCUUAUGGCACAAUCGAAUACUGCCAACCAGCACCAUCCUUCCACCAGCUCACCUCUGAAAUGCUAGGAAGACCAAUAAUGGGUUUCAUUCACUCAGACGACGUACCCGCUUUUUGCGCGCACCUCAACAACACAGCAAAAAGCAAAACGCACACCGCAAGGACCUUCCGUACACGUUGGUCAAAAUACGCCCUCCAAGACCUUCCAGAAGACUACAACAACACAAAACACUACGACUGGAUGUCUCUCACUGCAGUCACAACCGGUCAUCGCACUGGAAGUCCUACAGACGCCUUUCAAUGCCGCCCCCUGUGCAUUCUACAGCCAGUUCCUGGAGAAACUGUAAUGGAACAAGCCAGGAGAGUCUGCAUUGAGUAUCUCCAAGGAAUGGUUGGACAAUGCGCAGAAUUUAGCUCAUCGGCAAUGGACAUGGUCACAAUUGCUGUAAUUGAAGGCUGGCAUCAAGGCAAAACCUACAGUCUAGCCUUCUUGGCCCACCUCCUCGCCAGUCUCCUUGAUCACGUGCAGCAUCCUGCUCUUGAUGCACCUUUGGGUGACAACAUCCUCCUUGUUGAUAACGUCAAUAAUAUUGAGCUUCUUCGCUUUGAACAAGACGACCAAGAAAACGAAUACCGUCGAGUAGAAACCUUACGAGAACUCGUCAAAUCAGUCGAAAGCACCUUACUUGUACAGCACAUUCUAAAUUUCCUUGGCAUGGCUGGACUCGUCGACCGCUCUCGAUGUGUUACGGACAUCCUUGAAACAUCCCUCGACAAAGAAUGGAUGAGCUGUUUAAAAAUGCAGACUUAUGCAUAG